CGGCCAUUGGCCUGUUUCUAGUUUGCUGGUUAUCCCCCAACUUCGCCGAAUAUGUCGUCUAUUGUACGGAGACAGUCGUUCUCCAGCGCCUAUACGGUGGGUGAUUACGAUCCAGAUACAAAGGACCGUGGAAGAGCCGCAGCUGCAGAAAACAGAUGGGUUUUCGAAUGUGCCUGGGAGGUCGCCAACAAAGUUGGAGGUAUUUACACCGUGAUCAGAUCAAAGGCAGGAGAGACAGUAGAGGAGCUCGGUGACCAGUAUUGCUUGUUGGGACCGUAUAAUGAAACCUGCGUUCGAACUGAAGUGGAAGUGAUGGAUGAACCCGAACAACCGCUACUCAGACAUACAAUAAAGAGCAUGAGAGAUAGAGGCAUUAAGGUGACGUUCGGUAGGUGGCUGAUAGACGGUUAUCCUAAGGUAGUACUCUUUGACAUCGGGUCUGCUGCCUGGAUGUUAGAUCGAUGGAAGACUGAAUUCUGGGAGUUGUCUAGCAUCGGCACACCGUGGCACGACAGGGAAUCUAACGAUGCAAUUAUAUUUGGAUUUCUGGUCACAUGGUUUCUUGGAGAAUUUCGUGCUCAGUUCAAGGCAGAAGAAAAACCCCUGAUUGUAGCUCAUUUCCAUGAGUGGUUAGCUGGUUGCGGUUUGGUUCUCUGUCGGACGCGUCAUCUUGGAGUCUCCACCGUAUUUACUACACACGCUACCUUACUGGGAAGAUACUUAUGCGCUGGCAAUGUGGAUUUCUACAACAACUUAGACAAGUUUGAUGUUGACAAAGAAGCCGGUGAGAGAGGCAUCUAUCAUCGGUAUUGUAUCGAAAGGGCUGCUGCUCACUGUGCUGAUGUCUUCUCUACGGUGUCAGAGAUCACUGCAUUUGAAUGUGAACAUUUACUCAAACGUAAACCGGAUAUCAUCGUCCCAAAUGGUCUCAACGUCACCAAAUUUCAAGCCAUACACGAAUUUCAAAAUCUUCACGCAAAAGCCAAGGAAAAGAUUAAUGAUUUUAUUCGGGGUCAUUUCUAUGGGCAUUAUGAUUUUGAUUUGGACAAGACGUUGUAUUUCUUCAUUGCUGGUCGUUAUGAGUUUACAAAUAAAGGAGCUGAUCUUUUCAUUGAAUCAUUGGCAAGAUUAAAUCAUUAUAUGAAGUCGUCAAAUAGCGAAACCACCGUGGUAGCUUUUCUCAUAUUUCCUGCACGGACCAAUAGUUUCAAUGUUGACUCCUUGAAAGGACAGGCCGUUUCUAAGCAACUGAAAGAGACAGUAGCGGACAUCCAGAAGAAAGUUGGUUCUCGAAUGUUUGAGGCGGCAUUAGCGGGUAAGUUACCGGACUCCAAGGAUUUACUGACUUCAGAAGACAUGGUGAAGUUAAAGAGAUGUAUCUAUGCAACACAGAGACCGGGUCUACCACCAAUUUGUACUCACAACGUUGUUGAUGAUGACCAGGAUCCUGUUCUGAGUUACAUCCGCAGAGUUCAACUAUUUAACAACAGGAAUGAUAGAGUGAAGAUUGUUUUUCAUCCCGAGUUUCUCUCAUCAACCAAUCCAUUAUUCGCCUGUGAUUAUGAAGAAUUUGUAAGAGGAUGCCAUCUUGGAGUUUUCCCAUCAUAUUAUGAACCGUGGGGAUACACUCCAGCCGAGUGUACGGUAAUGGGUAUUCCUAGUGUCACAACCAAUCUGUCUGGAUUUGGUUGCUUUAUUGCACAGCACGUAGCUGACCCUACAUCGUAUGGUAUCUACAUCGUUGAUAGGCGAUAUAAAGGCCUGGAAGAGUCUGUACAACAGCUUUCACAAUACAUGUUUGAUUUCACACGUCUGACAAGACGACAACGUAUUAUACAGAGGAAUCGUACUGAGCGUCUCAGUGAUCUACUAGAUUGGAAGAGUUUAGGCUUUUAUUAUCGUAAAGCUCGUCAUUUAGCUCUGCAAAAAACACAUCCUGAUAUGGCGUUCAUGCUGCCACGCCCUGCAUCAGUACCUGUCUCGCCGACAAGUUCAAGAUCAUCAACACCCCCUCCCUCUAGCGGUGAAGAAGAUGAAGAUGAUUCUGAUCAUGAAAGAAAAGAAUAAAUAAAUAAAUGAUGAAAACCAAAAACCCAGUGUAGGUUUUGACAAAUUCAUCUGUCAUCUUUAUAAAACCUGUGAAAAAUAGUUGUUUAUAGUUGCUGUAGUUUGAUGCUGCUUUAAGGUUACAAAGGAUCGUUUGUGUUUAUAGUACAGAUUCUCAUUUAAAGAAUGUAUUUCAUUUAAUUACUUUGCAUCAGAAUCAAUUUACAAAAACAUCCGCAACAACUCUCACACGCAAUGGAAGUCUGUUAUUGGGGGAGUUUACAAUACAAAGCUUCUUUUGUGGACUAAUUUUUAUUUUAAUUGGCCCAGAAAAACAAUAUUCAUGUUCUUUGCCUUAAGAGAUAUGAGUUGAUUGUCAGUAGAUACUUGCUAAGUUUGCUAAGAUUGUGUUUGGAUUGGGAAAGUUUUUAGUUUAAGGUAGAGAUGCAGGUUCGUGGGCACU